AUGCUUUUCCUCAAUACUCUUGUUCUAUCCUUUGUAGCAGUCGGCUAUGCCACGCCCCUCGCUAUCAGGCUGGACAACACCGAGCCUCCAGAGAACGCUACAUUCAUCCAGUGCCAUGAAGGUACUACGGACCCGAUCUGCCUCAAGAUCCGCGGACCAUCUUCCGAUGUCAUCACGGAGAUUGUUCACCCUGAUGGAACCGUCGAGGUCCAUCGCAACAAAUACACCCGCGAGCAACUGAAAGAUAUCCGUCGUCAGAACAAAGUCAAGAGCGUCGAGCACAAGCCUGGUCACACCGUCCGCGAUGGGUCUGCCGCAUUCAUCAACGAUCUCACGAAGAGAGAGUCUGCCCCUCGAAUCUGCAGGAGCGAGACCCAGCGGUGGUGGGAUCAGAAUGACUGGGGCUACUGGUACCAGGCCUGGCACCAAGUUGGAAGCUGCUUCUACUGCAAUCAGUGUACCGAGGCUAUUGCAGUUGGUUUCUCGGUUUCUCAAACCUGGACUGUUGGCUUGAGCGCCAAGUUUGGCGAAGUCAUUGAAGCAUCUUUCGAGUUCUCCUGGGGCGAGACGCAUACUUUGACUGAUACGCGAACAUGCCAGUGGAACAAUGUUCAGUCAGGGUGCCAUUCUAUCUGGUACCAGCCCUUGAUGUCUUAUCACAAUGGAUACGCGAACUAUCAAACUCACACGCACUGUCCCGCUGGUCAGGGUCAAGGUGCCUCUGAUACCUAUUACGACCAUAAUUAUGCGUAUGCCAACGUCAAUCAGAUCGGUAACAACAAUGGCGUCAACCAGGGAAAUUUGGGGUGUGACAGUGGUUGUCAAGGUAGUGAUCACAGGCAGUGUCAGUACGGAAACAAUGGCGGUUCUCUUUGGCCCAACCCGAACUAG